GACAGUAUCUUAUAUUGUUAUCUGUAAUCCAGAAUAAUUGGAGAAGAGGGUGUCCCACAGAAUCGAAAGGGCAGACGGCGUGCGAGAAGAAGCGAUGUGUGGGGUCCUUCUUCCACUUUCCAGUUUUAACUGUUAACUUCUGGAAUGCACUUCCGAUGCCACCCAUCACAAGGCACAAGUGCAGGUCCUCCAUCAAAGAUGACCAACAGACUGACUCCUCUUCCACCCAACAGGAAGUGGACUGGAAGAGCGACGAGGAGUUUAAGAAGUUCAUGGGAAACCCUUCCAUCGAAGCCGCCAUAAAGCUCGAGAAGAAGAGGGCUGAUAGAAAGCUCAAGCAGCUUGACAGGGAAACCUCCACCACUAACCCUAUUUUGGCCCUCUUCAACACCUUAACGCGUGACAACUUGCUCAGAGAAAAGGAGAGGCUGCAAAAGGCUGAGCAAACUUUCAAGGCUCUUGAUCUCAACCAGUUGAAGAGUUGCUUUGGCUUUGACACCUUCUUCGCCACCGAUGUUCGAAGAUUCGGAGAUGGAGGCAUUUUCAUUGGCAAUUUGAGGAAGCCCAUCGAUGAGGCCAUUCCCAAGUUGGAGAACAAGCUCUCUGAUGCAGCAGGACGAGAGGUCGUAGUGUGGUUCAUGGAAGAAAAAACAAAUGACAUUACCAAACAGGCUUGUGUGGUGCAACCCAAAGCAGAAAUAGAUCUCCAAUUCGAGUCAACUAAGCUCAGUACUCCUUUGGGCUAUUUUAGUGCAAUUGCAUUAGCUGUUACUACCUUUGGAACAGUUGCUUUGAUGAGUGGCUUCUUCCUUAAACCCAAUGCCACAUUUGAUGACUAUCUGGCUGAUGUUGUGCCUCUAUUUGGUGGCUUCUUAUUUAUUCUGGGAGUGUCUGAGAUAGCCACCAGGGUAACAGCAGCCCGGUAUGGUGUUAAGCUCAGCCCUUCUUUCCUGGUGCCAUCUAAUUGGACAGGGUGCUUAGGAGUGAUGAAUAAUUAUGAGUCUCUCCUCCCAAACAAGAAAGCUCUUUUUGAUAUUCCUGUAGCACGUACUGCUAGUGCAUAUCUAACUUCACUAUUGCUAGCUGUUGCUGCAUUUGUAGCUGAUGGAAGCUUUAAUGGGGGUGAUAAUGCAUUGUAUAUACGGCCCCAAUUUUUCUAUAACAACCCCUUGCUUUCUUUCAUCCAAUUAGUUAUUGGACCUUACGCAGAUGAUCUUGGAAAUGUAUUGCCUUAUGCUGUGGAAGGUGUUGGAGUUCCUGUUGAUCCGCUUGCAUUUGCUGGGCUUUUAGGGAUGGUGGUGACUUCUUUGAACUUGUUGCCGUGUGGGAGACUAGAAGGAGGGCGCAUUGCUCAAGCCAUGUUGGGGAGAAGUACUGCCACGCUCUUAUCCUUUGCCACUUCAUUAUUGCUCGGUGUUGGUGGCCUCAGUGGCAGUGUUCUGUGCCUGGCAUGGGGAUUGUUCGCAACCUUUUUUCGGGGCGGAGAAGAAAUACCGGCAAAAGACGAGAUCACCCCUGUAGGUGAAAGCAGAUAUGCUUGGGGCAUCAUCCUUGGUCUCAUCUGUUUUCUCACACUUUUCCCUAAUGGUGGAGGCACAUUCUCCAGUUCAUUCCUCAGUGGUCCAUUUUUCAGGGGUGAAAUGUAAAUGUAGUCUAUGCUCACUGCUCACUAGGAAUAUGUAAUUAUGGUAGUAUUUUUAUUUUACACGUUCAGCUUCUCACGUGAAGAUAUACCUGUGCUUUGUCUUCAGCGAUGGAAUAGAAUAGGCCUUUGUAGGGGUCUAUUGUCUUUAAAAGCUACACUUACUUUUUUA